GCCCAUGAGGAUGCGCAAGAAUACCUCAACCAUCUACUUGAUCAAUUGCAAGUGGAGUCCACUUCCAAGACUUCUCCUGCAUCUCCUUCGUACAUCGCAGAUACUUUCAUUGGGUGCCAAAGUCGUGUCUCCAAUUGUGCCACUUGCCGUUGGGAAAUUGACAAACGAGAAGAAACCUUCACAACUCUAAUGCUCUCUCUCGAGUACUACUCUUAUGUUACUAACCUACAGCAGAAUGAUAACGAGAACAAACCAAGUAUCCAGAGCAUGGUUGAUUCGCUCAGUAGAGAAUUGAUUGAAGACACGCCGAAAUGCGAGAAGUGUGGAGGCGAUGAUAACGGCGUCUAUUCAAGAAAUGUGGAUGUCACAUUUCGGAAGGCGCCUCCGUGUCUUCUACUAAAUGUGAAGAUCUUCUAUUUUGAUAUGGUGACUGGCAGCACGGUGAAGAACAUGAGCAAAUUCGACAUAAACAAAACAAUCACAAUGAAACUUAUAGAUGGGGCAGAGAGGCACUACAAACUUUUCGGCAUUGUGUUUCAUCAGGGGUAUCUAGCAACCCUCGGACACUAUAUAUGGGCAUGCAAAAUGUUCAAUGUAUGGACUAUAUUCGAUGAUAAAGACGUACGGAUUACGAAUUUCGAGGAAAUUGUUUCCCUUGCAAGCCUUCGUCCAUACAUCUUAGUUUACACCACCACCGAAAAAUAA